CGGCGCCAAAAGAUGACUUCGCAGUUUUGCAUUCCAAACAGCGACACAACAAAAACAAAAGACGCCUCAUUUGUGCUUCUUCUCUCCUGUGAAGCCACCGGCCGGAGCGCCGCACCCCACUGUUACCGGAGACCUUCGACUUUCGACCCCAUUGCUACAGGCCCUACAGUACCAGUUUUCACCGUCCGUCGCCUCCGGUGAACAUUCUUUGACCGCCGUCUUCAGGCCCUGCAACGGAAGCCAUUCUUCAGCUCAAGUUGUUAUUCACAGCAACAACAAGCAAUGCAAUCGAAAAUAAAUUCAUUCUUCAUACCUUCUUCUUCUUCUUCUUCUUCCACAUCACGAAGCCAAGCCCUAGAUCCACCUCUUCCCCCCCUUUUGGAUAACUUGUCCGAUGAUGAAGACUUCACCAGAGAACCUGAAAUUCCCAUCAUAUACACGCGAAGAGCUACAAACACAGAUAGAGCUAAUGAUGAUCUUUUCAAAGAAAAUGAUCCAAACAAACUUAAUUUUAGACAAGAGUUAGUAGUUGCAACAAUUUCCAAAAAGGUUUUAAACAAGAAAAGGAAGUAUGCACAGUUUCAUUUGGAUUUAGGUCAAUCCGAUUUUCUAUUACACACUUGUAAAACUUGUGGAUUCAAGUUUGCUCCUGGAGAUGAAGAAGAUACAAGGGUUCACAAAGAAUUUCACAAAAGCUACACUCAUGGUAUUCAUUUCAAGGGUUGGCGUAAUGAAAGAGUUAUAGAUACACACUCAUUCGAACAUGGACGUGUUAUUUUGGUCCUUAAUGAUGAUCCUCCUGCUCAUAUUAAAAAGGUUGAGGAGGUUAUAAAGAUGAUGGAGAUGGAGCUUGGUGAUGGAUGGAUCUUCCAUAAAAACUGUAAGGUUUAUCUUUAUAUCUCCUCUCAACGGGUUGCUGGAUGUCUAGUUGCAGAGCCAAUAAACAAAGCUUAUCCUUUGGUUUCAAACUCAGACCACCAAAACCAUGAUGUCACUACCACUCUAAAGGAGGUCAAAAAGUCAACUCCAACCACUCUACAAUUCGGUAGCAUUAGUUUCCAAAGAGAAAUUAUAAAAAAAGAUAAAAAUCAAAGAAAUUCAAACGACACCACACUCCUUGGAGCAAUCAUUUGUGAAAAAGACUCAAUCCCUGCUGUUUGUGGCAUCCGUGCAAUUUGGGUCACACCCUCCAACAGAAGAAAACACAUUGCCACUCAUUUACUUGAAGCCACAAGGAAAAGUUUUAGUUUGGAUGUGAUUCUUGAACAUUCUGAUUUAGCAUUUUCUCAGCCAACAAAUGUCGGGAAGUUGUUAGCAUCAAGUUACACCAACACUAAAUCUUUCUUGGUUUACACAACAAAUUCAUAUUCAUAGUACCUUAGAUGACCUGGGGAAGACAAUGACUUGAUUGUACACAUCAUACAGUAGUUUCAUAUUUUGAGAGAUCCUAUGAUCUUAUUACUCUGAUUUUCAUAUGGUUGUAAAACAUUGUGUUGGUGACUUAUGAUUUCUAUUAUAAUGCCUUUAAAAUUGAAAAAAAAAAUACUAUUGUUUUUGGGACGUUACAUCCAAUAUACAUCAUGAAUAUCUUUGCAAAACUAUUACUCUUAUAUCAUAUACUUUCAUAUAAAACUUAUUAGCGGAUGACAAAGUU